CGCGGUACCACCGCCCCCAAACGGUGCCGCUACUUUUUUCUCCGAUCAGCCAGACCUUCACUACAUCUAUAUCCGCCCGAACCAUAACCAACGCAUAUUAUUCAAUGAGAUGAGAAGCAAUCUGAUUGUCUUUGUCACGCGAAUCCUGCUGAGCGGAUUUCUCUUUAAGCCGUCGCCCUGUCGCUAAUUUUACUUAUGGUCUAUUCUACUGGAGCGGACUAUUUUUGAUUCCACCACCGGCUAUUCUUCCCCUCUCUAGACCGGACGGACCCAGAAAAGACGGAAAGAAAAGAAAAGAAAAAAAAGGGGAUUAUGGCACCCUCCAAGAAAACUGAAACCCCCACAGAUGCGGAUGGAUCCUCGCUCACCGUCACGUCAGACUUUAGAAUAAACGCCGAUGACUCGCGCCAUUACUGGCAGGGGAUUGACGCGAAUGACAAUGGCAUGCUUGGUGGCUACGGCCAUGUCUCUAGAAUAGACCUUCGCGGUUCCAGGAGCUUCCUGGCCAAGUUGGGGUUCGGGCGCAAGAAUGGCGUCAAGGCUAUAAGGCGAGUUUUGGAGGGUGGUGCUGGUAUCGGUCGCAUCACGUGCGGCCUUCUCCUGGAUCUUGCAGAGACUGUCGACAUCGUCGAACCAAUAUCCAAGUUCACCGACGCCCUGGCUGGGCAUGACGGCGUCGGGAGAAUCUUCAACAUGGGGCUUGAGGAGUGGCGUCCCAACCAAGCAGGCGAGGUCAGCUACGAUGUGAUUUGGAACCAAUGGUGCCUGGGGCAUCUGACGGACAUACAGCUCGAGGAAUAUCUUCUACGGUGUAAGUCCACGCUGAGCGUCGGUGAGGAUGGGAAGGUUACAGGCGUCAUUGUCGUCAAGGAAAAUAUCACGACUGGGGAGGAUCAGUUUGAUGAGAUUGAUAGUAGCGUGACAAGGACAGAAGAAACAUUCAGGCGCAUAUUUGAGAAGACUGGGCUUCGUGUUAUCAAAUCUGAGCUGCAGCAUGGGCUGCCCAGCGAGCUGUUCCCUGUGCGAAUGUUUGCGCUUAGACCGAAAUAAAAUAUGGUAUGCGAUGAUGAAACCGGAAGCACGGGACUCAGAUCAUCCCAAGAGAAAACCAGGCCCUUCUUUGCGCGAGGCAUCGGUAGUCGUAUACAGCAGCGUGUGUAUCACGUAUAUUACUCACAUCCCUCAGGUACACAUAACGAGUCACAUAUCAUAGUGUACCUAGUGUGUUCAAUAUGCAGGGCAUCGAAUUCAGGGU